UCCAGAAUUGUGAGAGAAAGCGAGGAUCACGGUCACUGAUGAUGUUCUCAGGGAGGCCAUGAUGGCGAGCAACGUGGUCAAAGAAGAGUGUGGCGACGUCUUUGGCACUAUGCGAGGUCGUGCAAGGGAUGAAGUGGGCAUGUUUGGUCAAGCGGCAAACAAUGACGUAGAUGCAAUCAUGCCCACGGUCGGUCUUGGGAAGGCCGCACACGAAGUCCAUGGAGAUGGACUGCCACCGGAUGGAGGAGACGAUGGUGUUGUCAGUGCGGAUGGUGAAGUAUUGCCCGUCGAGGUACGGGCGCCAGACUGUGAGGGCGUGAAUCACGGCGAGGAGUUCCUUCUCGUUGGAGGGGUAAUUCAUCUCCGCGGGAAGGAGUUUCUUGCUAGCGAAGGCGAUGGGAUAUUCGCCAGGUGGAGCCUCGGGGUGAGUGGGGGAGUUCUUGAUGGAGGGGGUAUCGACGGUGUCACGAGGGAAAUGUUGGGACAGUACGGCUCCAAUGGCGAAGUCGGAGGCGUCAGUGGUGACAUAGAAGUGGCGGGUGGGGUCGGCGAUUUUGUGGACGAGGGCCGUGAGGACUUGGCGGAGGUGCUGAAGGUGAGACUCGAAGGUGGGGUUGAAGACAAGGAUGUCAUCAAGGUAGAGGACGACACAGACUUCGAGGAGGUUGCGGAAGAUGUGGUUCAUGGUAGAUUGGAAGGUAGCGGGGGCAUUGGUGAGUCCGAAUGGCAUCACGAGGAACUCGUAAUGCCCGAACCGAGAGCGGAAGGCGAUCUUGUGGGUGUCCUCCUCGCGGAUACGGAUCUGGUGGAAGCCACUACGAAGGUCGAUCUCGGUAAAGUACUUGGCUCCACGGAGACGAUCAAGGAGCUCGGAAAUCCGAGGUGUGGUGAACUCGUUCGAGGUAGUGAUGGAGGUGGUGUCUUCAGGGGUGAUGUGGUGGAAAAAGCGGGUGCGGGAGGGGGCGGGCGCGGGCUGGUGGUGGGGGUGGAGGAGUCGAUCGUUGUGAAGCGUGCGAGACAGGAGGUCAGCAAGGGGCAUGUUGGGUUCGUGGACGAGGGCGGUUGCAAGGUCUCUGUGGCAUACUCGUUUGAUGCGGGAGAUGAACGCAAAGUCGGGAAUGACGGUGGUGGGGAGGUGGUGGCGGAGGGAGCGGACGUAUUGGRCGAAGCGGUCCGUGGGACCGGUCCGUGGGACCGGUCUGGCGAAGGUGGCAGAAUUGUUCAAGGUGUAGUCGAGUUGGUUGUUGUCCUCAAGGAGGUAGUUGGGGGGGAGUUGUGGCAUUGCGGGGUAAACCCCGGAGGUGACUUGGGAAUCGGUGGGACGGAUGGUGGGGAUGGUGGAGGUCGUCAUGAUGGGUUGGGGAAGGGUAUGAGAGUGCGGGGAGGGAAGAGGGGUGACGUGGAUGGGCGAGGAAUGGGUGUGUUGGAUGCGCCGGAUGAGGGAGGAGGUGGGGGGAACAAAACGGUGGUGGAGGUUGAGGAGGAAGGGUUGGUGGCUAUGGCGGUAGAGGUGGUAGGAGUGGAGGAGGUCGGCGAGGGGGUGUUGCUAGAGGCGGCUGUUGAGGAGGGAGUGGUUUGCGUUGUGGAGGAGGAAGUGGUUUGCACUGUGGAGGCGGGAGGUGGCCAUGGUGACGACCGUGAUGGAGGGGUUGUCCCCUUCGAGCGUGGUGACGCGGUCGGAUAUGGACGACACGGUGGCCUUUAUGUCGUCCAGAGAGGUUUGGAAGGUAUUGAGUGCGUGGAGGAUGGCGAAGAGGUAGGAGGUGGCGGUGUUUGCUGGUGGUUGUUCGCCUGCGAGGUUGCGGGCGAUGCUAUCGACCGAGUCGGUGCGGAUGUCAGACAUGUUGAUGGAGGAUGCGGUCAUGUCGAGGGAAGAGGGGGUGGAGGACGUGGCCGGAACGGAUGUGGAGGGUGCCGCAGCAACGGUGGCGGCGGCAGCAGCGGAGGCGGCAGCGACGACGCGUUGGGAGUUCUUGGUUUGGCGUGGUGGCAUGUGGAGAUGGGGGGGACAAUUCCUAUGUACAAGAAUAGAGUGUCAUCAAGUGAUUUAGCAAUAAAGGUAGCAGAGAAUCGCAAAGCAAGAAUUAAUUUUGAAUAAAUUAUUUUUAAUUUAUUCGAAAUGGAUUCGCGAGUGUAUUUUUUAAGAAAAUACAAAAGCGAAAUUUUUAGGAAUUUCCAAAUGAAGAAAAAUAAUAAUUAAUUCCAAGAAAAAUAAAUUCCGAUGAAAUUUAUUCGGAUUUACGUUCGGGGUAAAAUUUUGUAAUUUCGAAAAGGGGUGAUUAAUUCCGAGUAAAAGAGAUUAAUUCAG